GAGGUUUGACACCUUUCGCGCACCGUAGGGUUAUUUUGCUUACGUCGGUGUUUACACUGCUGUCAUCCUAGCGUUCAUUUAACAGAAGGGACCAUCCAGGCUGGACUCAUGGACAGCAGUGAAGCUCCAGCUCCGAGGCCUGUUACUCUGGCGAUAGAUGGAGCAGCUGAGACGCUAGAAGCCUCCGUCCCGCCCCAGACCGACCCGACAGAAGACUCGUUCCGAGAGGAGAGCAUCGACCUGGACGCCGAAGCGUUUGUUUCGCCGCAGGAUGACAGCAGUCACUUUGAGAGCCUGAAAGACAAGCUGAAUGACCAGAUGAUGGAGAGCGUGAUGAUUUCCGACUCCCCGAAUAGCGAGGAAGAGGACGUGGCUCCCAUUGACUCGCUUCUGGAGCAGAAUGAAGAGGAGGAGGCCAAAACAACUGACGGAGAUACAGAAGAAAGAAACGAAGACGUAAGCACAGCCAGCGCUGCUGAACCUGAGGAGGCAUCUGAGGCUUUAUUUAAAGAAGAGAGCGAGGAGGAGAAGAUCGUGCAGGUGGAUGACAAAAGGGAAAAUGUUGCACCGGACGACCCAAAACCAGAGGCUCCCAAAACUCAGGAGCCAGCGCUUGAGAUAGAUACGGAUAUGCCCCCCAAAGACGAGGCCGUCCCGGUGUGUACCAUCUUUAACCAGGGUGUGCUACCCAAAGCACAAGCCCUGAUUCCCGACGGCUUUCAGCCCACGCUGGUCAAAUCUCCAAGUUUCACCAUCGGCAACACAGAAACCCCCAACAAACUGGUCCCUCAAGUGUGCCAGCCGAGCCCCAGCCUCAGCAAGUUCUUCACGGAAAGCAGCGCGGUCAACCCCGCCUCAGACUUCUUCGAUUCUUUCACAACGUCCACGUCUUUCAUAUCAAUCAGCAACCCAAACGCAGAGUCGCCCAAAGCAGCCGCCCCUCCAGAGUCUCCUCUCUUAUCUGCCGCCACUGCUGCGGAAACCGUACCGACCAGCACAUACUUCACCCCCGUCGCUACCAAACCUCAAGUAAGUCCCGUAGAGCCCAUGAGUCAGCUCCAGACUGUGUUCCCGAGCGGCGACGACCCCUUCGGAAGUGCUCUGAUCACCAGUGAUCUGGAUAAGCGCUAUGACGCCUGGCUUCCCUCAGACGACACCAGGAAAGUGCUGAUAUCGGUGGCCACACAGCAGAUCAGUCCUGUCCAGAUAGACAGAGAGCAGCUCGCCAUGCCUGGACUCAAGUUUGACAACCUACAGGGCGAUGCGGUGAAAGAUCUCAUGCAGCGUUUUUUGGGCGACCAGGCCGCAAUGAAGAGACAGGUGCUCUCGGCCAACUCAGUGGAGCAGAACUUCCUGGGUCUCAAGCGGCUGAUAAGCACUAAGAACUGGAGGGCAGCCGUGGACCUGACAGGCAGACUGCUGACGGCUCACGGCCAGGGCUACGGCAAGAGCGGCCAGCCCACCAACCACACCACUGACUCCCUGCAGCUCUGGUUUGUGCGUCUUGCUCUUCUGGUGAAGCUCAGCCUUUUCCAGAACGCAGAGCUAGAGUUUGAACCCUUCGGGAAUCUGGAUCAUCCAAAUCUCUACUAUGAAUACUAUCCGACGGUUUACCCUGGAAGACGAGGCUCGAUGGUGCCGUUCUCCAUGCGUGUCCUGCACGCCGAGCUCCCUCAGUACCUGCAGAAGCCUCAGGAAACUCUGGACCGUCUCCACAGAAUAAAGAGCGUCUGUCAGAAGAUCUUGAGUAACCUGCAGGAGGGUUUAGCUGAGGACGGGAGCAUGAUGAACCUCACGCAGGACAACAGACUCGCCUCCAUCCAGCUGUGGAGGUCACGUCUGAGCAGGGUGAUGUACUCCAUGGCCAACUGUCUGCUAAUGAUGAAGGACUAUGUGCUGGCAGUGGAGACAUAUCACUCCAUCAUCGAGUAUGAACCGGAGCAAAGAGUGCAGCUGCUGAGUGGAAUCGGCCGUAUUUUCCUACAGACUUCUUUCCAAAACAUAAAAAAAUCUUAUUUAUUUCAAACUGUUGAUCUGAAGUGUAUGUGCAUCUGUGAUUCUCUUGAAGCUGAAUGUGAUGUUGUCCACAGGGCUUUUGUUUAUCUGAGUCAGAAUAACUAUGCAGACGCACACACGUGUUUCUCCAGCGUCCUGAAACUUGAUCCCAAGAACCCAGUGGCAAACAACAAUGCAGCCGUGUGUCUGCUGUAUUUGGGAAGGCUGAAGGAGUCCCUGGGCCAGCUGGAGAGCCUGGUGCACAAGGACCCAGCGCUCUACCUGCACGAGAGCGUGCUUUUCAACCUCACCACCAUGUAUGAGCUGGAGUCCUCGCGCAGCACGCAGAAGAAACAGGCUCUGCUGGAGGCCACCGCCUGUAGAGAGGGAGACAGCUUCAACGUCCAGUGCCUCAAGCUAGUAUGAGACGCCACCAUCCAACACGCUGGACAUUACCGAAUGAUUGUGAGUCAGGCGGCAGGAUUGAAUGAACGAAGCUGUGGUUGAAACUAAUGUUAAGCAUUUGGAGCUUCUACAAGUUCAAGUAUGUUGUUCUUACCAUGUACAGACAGGACCAAAGUUAACUUGAUAACGCAAUGAUAUUUGCUCCGCACAGG